CAGAACCCCAACUCCAGCGGAGCGAGGUCAUGGUCCCCUUUCUCUCUGUUAUAGUAGCAAGCAGGCAACCAAAUUCACCUUGUGAUUUCCAUCACCGAAUCCACUGCCAGCAUUAGCUUUUGCUUUGCUACUACUCCUAAUCCAAUACACUGAGCGGAUCAAUCCAUGGAGGACAAGUGCUCCCGUCUUCUCCAUUCAGUGCAAGCAGCCGGGCGACGGGUUCAUAUCGAGGGGCGUGCGGCUGCGGCGAGCGGCGGGGUCCGAUCGAAGGCGCACGACGACAGCGGCGGCCUCGGACUCGGACAGCGGCUGCCGCGACGAGCCUCUCCAGAUCGUCGGUGAAUUGUUCCGUCACCACACCAAGCACAGCACAGAUUAUUACUCAAUGAUUGUUUGAUGCAUGGAUUCAAGGGGAGAAAUAAAGAGAGAGAUGUGAUUUGAUCCUCGACCUCAAGAUGAAUCUGCUGUCCAUCCAGGGGGCUGCGGACGCGCGGGCCGCAGCGGGAGCUCGUGCCGGCGUCCCCGCUCCCCUGUACGCCACAGAUGCAGAGGACAAGUUCGCGAGAAGGGCGCGGCGGCGGCGGCGGCGGCCAAAGAGAGAACGAUGAUGUCGACUGCGAAGUCCGGGGGUAAAGGGUGCGGUAAGGUCGACGGCAGCCACGGAGGUGCGAGCGGUGUGAGCCAGGAGCUCAAUGGCUGCUGCGGCGAUGGUGUGGUGGUCCCAGUAAACUGCGUGGGGAAGAAACAGGAGAGCCAUCCAACGCGCGCUCGGUCGAGUCUCCGUGCUUUGGAUACCGAGUCGAAAUCGGUUCGUGCAUGCGAUCCGGUUUUCUUAAUUUUCAUUCUCUCAUUCGUGGUUCUACUACAUUCGCGGCGCACAGGCAGCGAGAGGUAGAUGUAUGAGAUCAACUUUGACUCUUUGGGGUCCUACAGACCAAGCGCAAAUCUACAUGGGGGUAGGGGGAGCUGACCCCCAAGCUCGGUGCGUGGACACAGGUCCGGCCAUGGACGAAGGAUGCAGGCGACGAUGAGUGUUCUGCUUCCUUCCCGGACAGAGGUUGAAGAGGCCCUCAUUAGGCGCUUGGGCCAGGUGAGCUACUAGAGAAAAGUAGAUGCCCGUCACCAACAGUCUAACAAAGCCAACGCAAAGCACAUCACUUGCCAUGACAGGUUAUGGUGUUGUAGUGUCUAGGAGUAACCAAACCACUAUUGCGUAAAAGACUCGCAACAGAUGUUGUGCUUGUGCCACUAAACUACAAUGGCUCCCUGCCAUGGCAACCUAGAUAGGCUCCUCCUUUCUUCUUCAAAUCCUCUAGCCUCACACCUCCCAAAUCCCCUCAAUCCCGCGUCCACCACUCAUCGCCCCACCCGCUCUCAUCUCUGAUCUCUCCUCCCGGCCACCGAUGGCCUUCGCCGCCGCCGCGGCCUCCACGGCCACCGCACUCGCGUCCGGCCGCCUCUCCGCCGCCUCCUCCGCGCGACCGCGCCGGGCCUCCUCGCGGCCGUCGUUCUCCCUGAGCGCGUCCCCGCGCGCGGUGGCCGCAAGGCGGCGCGCGGCGCCGGCGGCCCGCGCGGCGGUCUCGGUGCGCGCGGAGGCCAAGAAGAGCGUGCUGGUCGUCAACACCAACAGCGGCGGGCACGCCGUCAUCGGGUUCUACGUCGCCAAGGAGCUGCUCGCCGCCGGGCACGCCGUCACCGUGCUCACCGUCGGGGACGAGGGCUCCGACAAGAUGAAGAAGCCGCCCUUCUCCCGCUUCUCGGAACUGACGAGCGCCGGCGGGAAGACGGUGUGGGGCGACCCGGCGGACGUCGCUGCGGCCGUCGGCGGCGCGUCGUUCGACGUCGUGCUCGACAACAACGGCAAGGACCUCGACGCCGUCAAGCCGGUGGUGGACUGGGCGAAGUCGUCCGGCGUGGGGCAGUUCCUGUUCAUCAGCAGCGCCGGCAUCUACAAGCCGACCGAGGAGCCGCCGCACGUCGAGGGGGACGCUGUGAAGGAGAGCGCGGGGCACGUGGGCGUGGAGAAGUACAUCGCGGAGCAGUUCGGCAGCUGGGCGUCGUUCCGGCCGCAGUACAUGAUCGGCUCCGGCAACAACAAGGACUGCGAGGAGUGGUUCUUCGACAGGAUCGUGCGGGGGCGGCCGGUGCCGAUCCCGGGCAACGGGAUGCAGCUGACCAACAUCGCGCACGUCCGGGACCUCUCCAGCAUGCUGGCGCUCGCCGUGGAGAGCCCCGGCGCGGCGGCGGGGAGGAUCUUCAACUGCGUCUCCGACCGCGCCGUGACGCUGGACGGCAUGGCGAGGCUGUGCGCGGCGGCCGCGGGCGCCGCCGUGGAGAUCGUCCACUACGACCCCGCCGCCGCCGGCGUCGACGCCAAGAAGGCCUUCCCCUUCCGCAACAUGCAUUUCUACGCGGAGCCCCGGGCGGCGAAGGAGGUGCUGGGGUGGGCGAGCACGACGAACCUGGCGGAGGACCUCAAGGAGCGCUACGCCGAGUACGCCGGCAGCGGCCGCGGCGACAAGGCCAUGACCUUCGACCUCGACGACAAGAUCCUCGCCGCCGUCGGGAAGGCGCCGGCCGGCGUCAGCGUGUAGGAAGCAGGGGACAUUUUUGCGAAGGGCGUUACAGAUAGUAGGUUACGAGAGGAACAGCAUGAUUUUUGCGAUAAAAAAAAGAGGAAAUAAAAGUUAUGAUGACUAUGUACCUUUGCAUC